AUGUCUCUAAUUCGAAGUAGUUCACGAGCACAUCCAUUGUACCAGAAGAUAUCCCAGUCGGUGCUACCGUCUGGGCAGGCCUUCGAGCUGGAAACGACAGCAGCAUCUUUCCACUCUUUAACGCCUCUUGAACAGGUUCUACAAAUAUCGAAUACGAAUUUCCAAGCAAGGAAAGCUGGCUUUACAAUUGACACUUUUUCUACCUUCUGGUAUAACACCACCACUGAUUUCUAUAUAAAUGAAUGGAACACUAGCAUCUUUGUUCCAAAUGCUAGGGGUUUGGUGUUUCCGAACCACAGCGAGACCUCGCCAGAAGGAAUCUUCUCAUACACCCAAGCUGUUCUAGCGAUCGAACUUCAAGACGGUGUUGCCUGGGAUUGGAACUUCACCCUCUUCAAAGACAUCACCAUAGUCUCAAGCACUAAAGAUCUCAGUUGGUGUGCUAAACCUCAAUUGAAUGGUCCACCUUUGACUGGCUGGAACACAAGUAUGACUAAUCUUCAAGGUUCUUUUGGGAAGGAUGAGGGGACAAGUAAAUGCACGAUUGACUUUUUCGAGUUCUUCUCGCCACUUGAAGUGAUCCAGCAAACUUCAGAAUAAUCGAAUCUGCUUCCUGGAGGCUUGCAGUUGAGGUGGUUAGUGGUGGCUGGUAUCGAUUGAUGAAAAUGAGGGGUUAGCCAGAAACUUCACUUAUAUUACGUAGACUGGGAUGGACUUUGGCAAUUACAGACUGAUUCUCAGUC